GGAUGUGUGCGUCAUCAGCAUCUGGCGUACAUUAGUUGCGCACGUUGUACCUCAGAAGUAUUUUGUUUUCUGGUUUUAUAGGCAGCUUUCCCAUGGCAAAUGGAGAAGAUGUCAUAUUUUGUCGUGGAACGGGUCAGAGUGGUGAUGAUUCUGAUAUUUGGGAUGACACGGCAUUGAUUAAAGCUUAUGAUAAAGCGGUCGCUUCUUUCAAGAGCGCACUUAAAGGAGAGAACACUGUGACUCCGCAGAAGAAAGAUAACCACGCAAAAAAGCGUAAAAACAACAAAAAGAGCAAAAGCAGAAAGAGAUGUAACGCAGAGCCCGAUAAAGAGUGGCAAGUUGGGGACACCUGUUUUGCAUACUGGUCUGAGGAUGGCAACUUGUAUGCUGCUACGAUUUCCUCAAUAGACCUGGAGAAUGGCACCUGUGUUGUUAUUUAUACUGACUAUGGUAAUGAGGAGGAACAGAAGAUCAGUGACCUUCUGACAGAAGCUUCAGAUUUAGAUGACGACGCUUUAAAAUCAACAGAUGCCAAAGAGGUCGAGUCCUCAACAGAGGAGAGUGAAAGAUCUUUUACCCCACAACGGUCUGGUCCUCAGAAACACAAAUUUAAAGGAAAGUUUCCCAUGGGGCCUCAGUCUUGGCCUCCGGGUUUCCUUCCUGGUUUUCCUCCAGGCCCCCCACCAGGACCCCACUAUCACAAGGCGGAUGGUAGACGAUCAGAAAGUCCCGGGCCUUUCCUUCCUGGAUGGCCUCCCUUGUUUCCACCUGGUCUCCCAAUGAUCCCACCACCACCACCUCCAAUGAGUCCAGACACCCUGGAGGAUGAUGAGGCUUUGGGCAGUAUGCUUAUUUCCUGGUACAUGAGUGGCUAUCACACAGGAUACUACUUGGGGUUGAAACAAGGCCGUAGAGAAGGAUCCAAGAAGUCCCAUCGUAAAUAAAGACUCUGGGAACAUGAAGGUGUGGCACACUUGAUCCAGACAGAGUUUAUUUUUUGUAUUCUUUGUAAAUAAAUGAAUUGAAAGUCAA